GGCCCGUUCUCCGUCACGUGGCCGCAUUUUACGUAAGCAACGGUUGACCACACCGCUAUGUGUGUAUCACUAGUCACUCUAUCUUCACCGCAAAAAAAUGUUUAGAAAUAGGAGCUGGGAAGCAAUUUAGUCUACAAUAAUAGGAUAACAGAUUCAAUCUCAAUAUGUCGCUUCAGCAGCCGGAGGUGGAGACCGCCUCGGACGACGAAGAAGGAGAGGGCGUAUUCUUCAUUGAGACCGACUCAGAGAGCGAGUGGAAAGAUGAAGAUCAAAUCGACAACCGGGAACUUAUUCUACAGAAAGCCGAUGCUUUGGCGUCCGAGAACCGUCUCAAAGAAGCCAUCGAUUACUACACCAUGGUCAUGCGCGACGGGGUGGUGCGCCCGGAGCAGCUCAGCACUUUAGUGGACUGUGUCCUGCGGAACUUCAAGAGGAACGUCUCGGAGCCAGAGGAGGAACCCGGGUCAGGCGAGGACAUCCAUAUGUUUGACUGUCCCAGUUGUCAUAGUUUUCUCGGUGAACCGGUGACUCUGUCGUGUGGACACUCGUACUGCAGGCGGUGUACUGAUCACAGCCAACUCUCCAAAUGCAAGCUGUGCGGAGAGCCAGUGCACUGGACACACGCGCCCGACCAGCAGCUCAAAGUGAAUGUCAUUCUUAGUGGACUAUUGGACAAAUUCUUCCCCGAGGAUCUUAAAACGUAUAAAACAAUAUGUGAAAUCCAGGAACUGACCACCAGGAGAUGCUUUAAGGAGGCUGUGUCGCUGGCAUCAGACGUUAUACAACCAGGUUCCGAGGUGGCGUCGGUGGAGGUGAAAGGGGCAUCAGAGGAGGUGGCGUUGGUGGAGGUGAAAGGGGCAUCAGAGGAGGUGGCGUUGGUGGAGGUGAAGGGGGCAUCAGAGGAGGUUGGGUCUUUCGAGGAGGUGUCGGUGGAGGUGGCAAUCGCGGCGAGGUUGUGUCGGGCGGAGGCGUACACGGGUCUCAAACAGUACCGUCUCGCCAUGGAGGACACGGAAUUCUGCCUCACAGCAAGACGCUCAGCAGAGGGAUUCUUCCAGAAGGCCAUGGUGCUUCACGCCAUGGGACAGACGGACGAGUCCCUUCAGGUCUUCCUCCAAUGCCUGGCGAUGGACGACAACUUCACCAGGGCCAGAAGCCAAGUAGAAAUGAUCCUGUGUGACCUGCUCUCUCCGGCCGGGGAGACGGUGAAGGAGGGCCUGAGGGCGACCACGCAGAGCCACGCCUCGCCACACAUCCGCGCCAAAACCCUCGCCAACGCCACCUCCGACGCCGACUCUCGCGGAACGCACAACGAGCCGGAGCAAACCGGCCCGGCGAACCCCUGUCACCUGACCCGCGCUGCCUCGCUGCGCAACGCCACAGAGAAGGCUGACGAGCCGCCGGAGAGCGUGGAGCGUGCCGCUCUGAGCCGGACCAACUCGCUCUGCGGCCACGCGGCCGGCCUCGCGGGGGAGGGGCUGAAGCGCGUGUGGUCCGCCCCCCAGCUGGGGGACCAGGACAGGGCCGGGCUGCUGAAGAGGAAGCUGUCGGUGUCGGGGGCGGGACCAGGGCUGCGGAGCGUCGGGGGGAGCAAGCAGAAGAGACAAGGAGGUGAGCAGAGUGAGGCGCCCCGGGGCCAGGUGUCCUCCUGCUCCCCGGCCAGGAGGUCGAUCCCCCAGGGCCAGCCCAAGUCCAGUGACCUGGAGUGUGCCCUCUGCAUCAGAUUGUUCUACGAGCCCGUCACCACGCCCUGCGGACACACCUUCUGUAAGAGCUGUCUGGAGCGCUGCCUGGACCACACGCCCCAGUGUCCCCUCUGCAAGGAGAGCCUGAAGGAGUACCUGGCGUGCAGGAAGUACGUUGUGACCCGGGUGCUGGAUGACCUCAUCAGGGAGCGGCUGGGGGAGGGGCACAAGGAGAGGAGCAAGACCAACCUCGAGGAGACGCAGGAGCUGUCCGACCUGACCCGCAGCGUGCCCAUCUUCGUGUGCACCAUGGCCUACCCCACGGUGCCGUGUCCGCUGCACGUGUUCGAGCCCCGCUACCGCCUGAUGAUCCGCCGCUGCAUGGACACCGGCACGCGCCAGUUUGGCAUGUGCAUCAGUGACCCCACCCAAGGGUUCGUGGACCACGGCUGCAUGCUGAUCAUCCGGAGCGUCCACUUCCUGCCCGACGGCCGCUCCGUGGUGGACACCAUCGGGGGGAAGCGGUUCCGGGUGUUGUCCCGGGGGAUGCGGGACGGCUACAGCAUUGCAGACAUCGAGCACCUGGAGGACACCCGGGUAGAGGACGGCGAGGAGCUGGUCCGGCUGCAGCGGCUCCAUGACGGCGUGUACGACCAGGCGGUCAGGUGGUUCCAGAACCUCAAGGUGCGCUUCCACAACCAGAUCCUCCAGCACUUCGGACCCAUGCCUGCCCGCGAGGCCGACAUCCAGGCGACCCCCAACGGUCCCGCCUGCUGCUGGUGGCUCCUGGCCGUGCUGCCCAUCGACCCGCGCCACCAGCUCUCGGUCCUGGCCAUGACCAGCCUCCGGGAGCGGCUGCAGAAGAUCCAGCACAUCCUCGCCUACCUGCAGAGCGUCCCCGACAACUAGAGCGCAGCGCUCCUCCACGUGCUCCUCCUUCUCCUCCCCUAAAGACUCCUCCUCUCCACUCCCCUGCCUCCCCUCCUCUUCUUCUUCCCAUAUGCGCCAGCUCAUCCUCGUCUCCCUUUCUCUUCCUCAUUUUCUCGUCCUGCUCCUUUCAUCUCCUUCUUCUCCCCUAAUCCUCAGCCUCCCCUCUCUCCUCUCCUCAUUCUCCCACUCCUUCUCCUCUCCUCAGUCUCCCCACUC